UAUGAUCUCCGUCAUCAUCGCCUCCUGUUCUCCUGUGGCUGACUGCGAGCUCUCUCUCUCAUAGAGAUUAGAUGCUUCGUCGCCAUCGUCGUUCCCUUUGCUUCUUCCUUAAACAACACACACCCCCAAGCGAUUCAAUGCAGAUGCGAAAUAGUAAUGAGUAAUACACGGACCGAAAACCAAACCCCCUCAGGUGCACGUUAGCACCUCUCCCUCUCUAUCUCUUUCCAUUUCCAUUUCCAUUCCCAUUCGACGAAACGGUUCCGAGAUUUUCGCGUCGACAUCUCCUUUUCUUCGGUCUAACUCAACAGUGACUCCCACCUCAUUUUCACACCCCCGCGGCGCAUGUUAGCUUAUCUCCACAGGCUCUGUGCAUUUCAGCUUCGACAAGAUUCUGCCGUCAAAUUUUGGGUGUGGAUAUAUACUAUAUAUGCGAGGUCGCCAACGUGAUAUGUGGUCGGCGUACAAGCGUGCGUCGAGGGACCAUCUCAAUGCCUACGACAGAGAAGAAGGUCGUUUGCAGAAUGGUAUUGGAAAAGAAUUUGGAAACCCCUCGUGGAAGCGCUCUCUGCCGCAUGUUCUGGUGGCUACUAUUUCUUCAUUUUUAUUUGGCUACCACCUUGGUGUGGUUAAUGACACACUAGAAAGCAUUUCAUUGGAUCUUGGCUUUAGUGGUAGUACGCUGGCUGAAGGUCUGGUGGUGAGUACAUGUUUAGCAGGUGCCUUUGUUGGAUCUGUAUUCAGUGGUUGGAUUGCAGAUGGAGUUGGUCGCCGAAGGGCAUUCCAAUUGUGUGCUUUACCAAUGAUAAUUGGUGCGUCAAUGAGUGCCACAGCAAAUACUCUGGUGGGUAUGCUUCUUGGAAGGUUAAUUGUUGGAACUGGGAUGGGUCUUGGUCCUCCUGUUGCCGCUCUCUAUGUGGCGGAGGUUUCACCAGCUUUCGUAAGAGGUACUUUUGGAAGCUUCACCCAAAUUGCAACAUGUCUUGGACUUAUGGGGGCUCUACUCAUUGGAAUCCCGGCCAAGGAUGUUGUUGGUUGGUGGCGAGUUUGCUUUUGGGUAUCUGCCGUUCCCGCUGCACUACUCGCUCUUUUGAUGGAGUUCUGUGCAGAGAGUCCUCAUUGGCUUUUAAAGAAAGGAAAAACUGCUGAAACUGAAGCUGAAUUUGAGAAGCUUUUAGGAGUACUCCAUGUCAAGUCUGCGAUGGCUGAAUUGCCAAAGUCAGACAGGGGAGAUGAGGUGGAUAACGUGAAGUUUUCAGAAUUACUUUAUGGUCGCCACUUUAGAGUGGUUUUCAUUGGGUCUACCUUAUUUGCUUUGCAACAACUUUCUGGUAUAAAUGCUGUGUUUUAUUUCUCUUCGACUGUUUUUAAAAGUGCCGGAGUACCUUCAGACCUAGGAAAUAUAUGCGUAGGAAUUAUAAACUUAUCAGGGUCAAUUAUUGCAAUGACUUUGAUGGAUAGACUGGGAAGGAAGGUGCUUCUCAUUUGGAGUUUUGUGGGCAUGGCGGUGUCAAUGGGUUUCCAAGUAAUGGCGGCAAGUGCCUUUUUACCAGGCUCUGGAAUAUUGUACCUCUCAGUUGGUGGCAUGCUGCUGUUUGUCUUCACAUUUUCUAUGGGUGCUGGGCCAGUUCCUGGUCUCCUCCUGUCAGAAAUAUUCCCUGGCCGGAUAAGGGCAAAGGCAAUGGCAGUCUGCAUGGCUGUGCAUUGGGUUAUAAACUUCUUUGUAGGUUUGCUGUUUUUGCGUCUGCUGGAGCAACUUGGGCCUCAAGUUCUGUACACAAUCUUUGCCACCUUUUGCUUGAUUGCUGUGGUUUUCGUAAAGCGGAAUGUGGUGGAAACGAAAGGAAGAACACUCCAAGAAAUUGAGAUUGCGCUUCUCCCGAGUCCCAGCUGACGAUGAUGUUCUUCUCACACUCUAGAUGGUGUAAUGCCGACAGAUUAGAUGAUACUGUCUCUGAGAAUAAUCAGGUGCUCACUCCUGGAAGGCCUUUGUAUGUUCUGUGAGCAUGUAUAAUCUUUCCACAUCUUUCGUGAGGGGGUAGACGUUAAUUUGACAAGCAAUUUUUUCGUGUAGACCAAGGCCCUAUAGCAUGCAGUGCCCUGCGAGCAUAAAUUAUUCCAAAGCAGACUCAUCUACCCACAAUACAAGAAGCAGCAGAAAGGUUCCCAAGUGCCUUUUAUGGCUUGUGAUUCAUAUAGACAGUGUUUGCUUUGUAUUUUUUUUUAAAAGUAGCUACUCUGCACUUAUGGUGGUGGACCAGCCGAAAAACUUCAGUGAUUAUUAUUAUUACAAUUUAUAUGUUUGCUAAUACCUUGUUCUUGGUAUGACU